AUGGCUAAAGAUCUGGGUCUUGUUGAAAUCACACAAAAGGUGAAUGAAGUAGAUGAUCACUCGUACGACCAAGUGAAAAAAACAUCGAGUGAUAUUGACUUUGAUGUUGAUAUCGAGCCAGCAACUAGUAAAGAAUCAUUAUUGGAACCAGAUGUUGCUGAAUUGCCCAAAGUUGUCCGCGAGAUUGUGCCCUUAGAAGAUGACCCAACUAUACCGGUAUUGACUUUCAGAUAUUUCCUAUUAUCAAUUAUAUUCAUUGUGCCUGGUGCAUUCAUAGACACAAUGAACACUUUCCGUACCACGUCAGCCGCCUAUUCUAUCUUCUUUGUCCAGAUUGCCUGUCAUUGGGUCGGAAAAUGGUUAGCAAAGGUGUUACCUGAUAAAAAAGUUGGUUUUGGUCGGUUCAAAUUUAGUUUAAACCCAGGACCAUGGUCGAUUAAGGAAACGGCCAUGAUCACAAUAACUGCAAGCUCGGGAGCUACUGGAUCACAAGGGCUUAAUGCAUUAUCGUUGGCCGAAAUAUACUACGGCGAAACAGUUAAUGCGGCAGUGGCAAUUUUCUUUAUGUGGACCAUUGUGUUUGUGGGUUAUUCCUAUGCUGCUAUUGCCAGAAAUUUCUUGCUUUAUGAUCCCCAAUUCAUCUGGCCACAAGCUUUGGUGCAAACAACUUUGUUCCAAACACAGAACAAGUCUGAUACGGAUUCAAAGCAAGGCUCAAAACAAAUGAGGGUGUUUUUCUUUGUGUUGAUUGGUGUUUGCAUUUGGCAUUUCUUCCCUGAAUAUGUUUGGCCAAUGACUUCCUCCUUGGCUUUCUUGUGCUGGGUCGCGCCAGAGAAUUACACGGCAAAUUUUAUUGGCUCCGGUUUAGGUGGUAUGGGGUUUAUGAAUAUUACGUUGGACUGGUCCAACAUCACCUCAUCAAUUAUGUUGUAUCCUUAUUGGGUCCAAGUUAUCCAGUUUAUUGCAUUUAUUCUCAGUGCCUGGAUCUUGAUUCCUCUGGUUAAAUGGGGUAGUUUGUCGAAUUAUAAAUUUGGCUUGAUGUCAAACAGUCUUUUUUUGGCUAAUGGUACCAAAUACCCAACCACCGAAUUGUUAACUUCCGACUUGCAAUUGAAUGAGACAAGGUACGAAGAGUUGGGACAUGUUCAUUUGGGUGCUCAAAGAGCCUGGAAUAUGUUUUUCGACUAUGCAGCAUACGUUUCUGGAUUCACAUGGGUUGUAGUAUUUGGUUACAAGAGCUUAUCAGUUUCGUUCAAAAAGUUGGUUGCAUCAAGAAAAGAAAAAGGCUCAUUGAGUUUGCAAUACACUGAUCGUUUGAAUAAACUUCAAAGUGCAUAUAAGGAAGUGCCGUUGUACUGGUACAUGAUUUUAUUCGUUGCAUCCUUUAUCACUUUGUUGGUGAUUCUCGCCACUGAUAGUUUGUUUAUGCCCUGGUGGUGCAUGAUUGUUGGGUUGGCAUUUGGAAUGGUUAUUGUUACGCCCCUUGCGUGGUUAUACGCAUUAUCCAAUUUCCAACUUGCCAUUGGUACAUUUAAUGAAUUGUUAUAUGGGUACAUGAUCCAAAGUAAGGCCCUGAGACAUCCAGCAGGAGCAACAGUCUACGGUGCCAUUGCCGGUGAUGCGUGGUACAGAGCACAAUACAUAUUACAAGAUCAAAAAAUUGGUCACUAUAUGCAUCUACCACCAAAAGCAGUGUUUUUUUCGCAAAUUUUUGGUGAAUUGAUUGGUGUUCCUAUAAACUAUGCCGCUUUGCGCUGGGUCUUGUCGUCAAAAAUGGACUUUCUUAAUGGGACAAAGGUUGAUACGCUUCAUCAAUGGACAGGUCAAGAAAUUGUAUCUUACAACACAAAUGCGAUCCAAUACGUUGUUCUUGGACCCACGAGGUUAUUCAAAAACUAUCAAGUGUUGCCUUAUGGCUUUUUAGUAGGUGCAUUGGCACCAGUGGCCAUAUAUGGUCUUUACAGGUUGUUUCCAAAAUCAAAGCUAAAGUUCAACUUGUGGAAUACCACAGUGUUUUUUUCGACAUUGUCGACAUUCUACGGUAACAUAUCAACGGGCCCCUUCUCUCAAUUUGUUGGUGGUACCAUAACCAUGUUUUAUGCGUACAGGUACAAGCAUGACUUGUGGAAGAAGUAUAAUUACUUGUUGGCUGCGGCUAUUGACACUGGUUACAACUUGGCCAUAUUGUUGAUUUUCAUCAUAUUCUCGUCAGGCAAAACGAUAACCAUGCCCAACUGGUGGGGAAAUAAUGAACAAAGUGUGGAGAGGUGCUUUGCAUUGGCCAAGGCUUCCUAG